CUCGGUGCCAUAAACAUCAUCAUCUGCAAUCAGCCGGAAAGGUGUAUAUGCCUCAGCUUGAACUUCAACAUCGACUUCGAAACUUCUCCACGUACCCGAGAUACAAAAAGGUCUCGGUGUUCGCUGCAUCGCCACGAUACUUCCUCAACCGUUACACACAUUAUUGAACAGACGUCAUGUUCUCUCUCACCAAAAUCCUGCCUCUGCUGUCGUUGUCCAUUCUCGGACAGUGCUUGACGCCUGCGCAAUGGCGCCAGGAGUCCAUCUACCAAGUCAUCACGGAUCGUUUCGCUCGGACUGACGGCUCCACGACAGCCGGAUGUAAUAUCAACGACUACUGUGGAGGCACCUGGGCUGGUCUCAUCAAGAAGCUCGACUACAUUCAGGGAAUGGGUUUCACUGCUGUCUGGAUCUCUCCUGUUGUCAAGAACAUCGAAGGUCUUACUAGCGAUGGAAGCUCUUACCAUGGCUAUUGGGCACAAGACAUCAACUCGCUCAACCCACACUUUGGAACGGCAUCAGAUCUAAAAGCUCUCUCAUCGGCGCUUCAUUCUCGAGGCAUGCAUCUCAUGGUUGAUAUCGUGACCAAGUCGUCCGCUCCAGCUAACGAAAAACAGGGUUAUGUUGGCUGCGGGAACUGCGUCGACUACAGUACUCUAAGCCCAUUCAACAGCGCCUCGUACUACCAUCCUUUCUGCUUCAUCGACUACAACAAUGCUCAAUCCAUCACGAACUGCUGGGAGGGAAGCAACACUGUCUCUUUGCCCGACUUGCGCACGGAGAAUUCGAACGUGCAAAGUGUCUUCAACUCCUGGAUCGCCAAAUUGGUUUCGGACUACUCAAUCGAUGGACUUCGCGUCGACAGCAUGCAGCAGGUCAACGCUGGCUUCUGGAAGCCGUUCCAAGCCGCAGCAGGUGGCAUCCACGCCAUCGGAGAGGUCUUCAACGGUGAUCCGGCGUACACAUGCCCAUACCAGGGCCAACUCAGUGGUGUGAUGAAUUACCCUACCUUUUACACCAUCACCAACGCCUUCCGCUCGACCAAUGGUGACAUCCAGUCCUUGGUCAAUGGGAUCAACCGUAUGAAGUCUACUUGCUCCGACGUCACCCUUCUCGGCUCCUUCUUGGAGAACCACGAUAACCCUCGUUUCCCAAGCUUGACCUCCGACGUCUCCCUCAUCAAAAACGCCAUCGGUUUUACCUUGCUCGCAGACGGCACCCCCAUCAUCUACCAAGGUCAAGAGCAGCAAUUCCGCGGCGCCGAUGUCCCCACCAAUCGCGAGGCCCUCUGGCUAUCAGGCUACAACACCGGUUCCACUCUCUACCAAUACAUCAAGACCCUCAACGCCCUCCGCAGCCUCGCGAUCAAAAAGGACCCCAAGUACCUCACCUAUAACGCCUGGCCCAUCCAAUCCGACUCGCGCACCAUCGUCAUGCGCAAAGGCUUCACCAACAACCAGGUGAUCUCGAUCUGGACCAACCGCGGCGCCAACAGCGGUUCCGCGGGGAUCACCGUCGGCGGAGGCAACGCCGGCUGGGGCGCGGGCUGGUACAUGACCGACGUCCUCAGCUGCAAGACUUAUGUUGCGGAUUCUAACGGGAACAUCGCGGUCACGCUCUCCGAUGGUCUCCCCCAGGUGCUGUUCCCCAGUCAGGCGCUGAACGGCAGCGGGAUCUGUGGGAAAUAGAGGAGCUCCAUGCGAUUCCUCGUUCUCGUGACGGGCAGAGAGCACCCAGCAUCAGGGAUGUCUCUCUCCUGGAUUGAGGAUCCCACGUGCAUUGUGGGGUUCUCCCGCCGUGUCCUGUGGCAGCUUUGGAAAAAUCUGCAACAAACAUCUUAUGU